UUUACUGUGUGUUCUCCCGUUCGAGUCGUUGUGGCCUACAGACCUAAUUUUUUGCGUCCGAUGUGCGCGGAAUAGUUUUUCCCGAAAAAGUGAAGCCAGCGAAUAAACAAUAGCCCAGAAAGCGAUAGCCAAGAAAGUGAGAGUGAAAGUAAACAAAGCGGAACAGAACUCUGGCAUUAAUUGUGUGUGUAUUUAUUAUUUCCGAUGCGUCCGUAACGGGAGUGUGUUUCGCCUUCCCCUUCCCACCCUCGCCAGCGUCUUUCGCUGAAUUUCGAUGUGCAAUUUUGUAUAAAAAUUAACACCAAGUGGGAAGAAAGCGUUGUGUCAUAGAAUUGGAGCAAGAGCAAAAACAAGGCAAAAUUAGCAAAGGCAAACGGAAAAACAACAACACAGAAUGCCCAGCAGAACCCCAGUAUAUAUGUGUAUAUACGCCGUAUGAGGGUGUGCGUGUGUGUUUGUGUAGUAGGAAUUGCAAUUUAUAGUUGUUGUUUCUGCGAGCUUUCGCUUGUUGCGCGCGUGUGUGAAAAUCGGGAAGAGGAAAUAGCAGAGAAUAGGAGGAGAACAACAUGGGAAUAAAUGCGAAAUAAAUAAAAAAAAAAAAUAAAAAAAUCGCCAAAUGCGUUCGGCGUCGCGUGUGUGUGCGUGUGAAAUAUGCUGAAAAAGCUCUCGGGGAGCCAGAGAGCGAUCGGGAGACACACCAACAACGAUCGGCGAAAUGAAUCACACGCAAGCUUUGUUUUGCGAAUUAUAAAUUCGCGUUCUUCACAUGCGAAUUCCCACACUGAGAGCGAGACAGAGAGAGAGGGAGAGCAACAACAAAAUCAACAAGACCACGACUUAAUAAUAGAACUUUUGCUUUCGGUUCCAACUGGUUUUUGUAUACAUAAAAAGAGAGAGGGAGAGAGUAAGAGGGGCCGCUUCCAGCUCUUCUUCUUCCGCGAUCUUUGUCUUGGAAUUCAUGGAAACCGGGCGCAUGCGCAAAAAAAAAACUACAAAAGGAAAAACAUCAACGUCAGCUGCAUAAAAGGUCUUUAAAAUACAAAGCAAUUUAAAAUUUACAAUUACUAUCGUUACCUGCCAUUAAGAAUCAACAAACAAAAACAAAUCCCACACAUCACAACGAAACGUACAAAAGUAAAGUUAAAAUAAGAAAGUAAAAUGGAUUCCUUCAACGUACCUAUGCUGGCGGAGAGCAGCAGCAACAACUAUGCAACAGAAGCUACCAGCAACCAUCACCACCUGCAACACCAGCAGCAGCAACAGCAACAUCAGCAGCAGCAGCAGCAACUCCUAAUGCCACACCAUCACAAGGAUCAAAUGCUGGCCGCGGGCAGCACUCCAAUGUUGCCCUUUUACUCGCAGUUGCAGUUGCAACAGAAGGAUGCAACAGCAGCAGUGGGACCUGCAGCAACAACGGUUGCAUCGGCAGCAACAUCGGCCACCUCCGAUAACUUUAGUUCAUUGCAAACGAUCGAUGCCAGUCAAUUGGAUGGCGGCAUUUCCUUGAGUGGAUUGUGCGAGCGCUUCUUUGUGGCCAGUCCAAAUCCCAAUAGCAAUAGCAACCUGACUCUGAUGGGCACUACGACAGCAGCAACAGCCAACCCCACCAACAAUAACAAUAAUAACAACAACAACAGUAAUAACAAUAACAACAACAACGUGGAGGCUAAGGCAGUGCGGCCAUCGAACGGCAGUUCGGUGAUCAUCGAAUCGGUGACGAUGCCAUCGUUUGCCAAUAUCUUGUUCUCCUCCCACCGCACCGCCAACGAGUGCAUUGAUCCGGCCUUGUUGCAAAAGAAUCCUCAAAACAGCACCACCAGCAGCAGCAUUAUUGUGCCGCCCGUGGAAUAUCAUCAAUUGAAACCACUUGAAGUCAAUUCAUCGACUUCCGUUUCCACCAGUAAUUUCCUAUCCUCGACCACGGCUCAAUUGCUGGACUUUGAGGUGCAGGUGGGCAAGGAUGAUAGUCACAUCAGCACCACCACUUCUGGACCGGGAACAGGAACGGGAUCGGGAUCGGGAUCUGGUUCAGGAUCAGGAUCAGGAUCGGGAUCGGGUGCAACAACCAUAGCUGCAGCUACGCCCACAACGACAACAUCCAAUAAUAGCACUGCCAAUCCGACAAGGAGCUCGUUGCACAGUAUUGAGGAGCUGGCCGCCAGUUCCUGUGCCCCAAAAACCACGUCGCCCAACAGCAACCACACAAGCAGUGCCAGCACAACGCCGCAGCAGCUGCAGCAUCAGCAACAUCAACAACAUCAGCAACACCACAUGCAGAGCGGCAACCACAGCGGAUCCAAUCUCAGCACCGACGAUGAGUCCAUGUCCGAGGACGAAUUCGGUCUGGAAAUCGACGAUAAUGGAGGCUAUCAGGACACCACCUCCUCGCACUCGCAGCAAAGUGGAGGGGGCGGUGGCGGCGGGGGCAACCUGCUCAAUGGCAGCUCCGGCGGCAGUUCCGCCGGCGGUGGCUACAUGCUGCUGCCGCAGGCGGCCAGUUCCAGUGGCAACAACAACAACCAGAGCGGCGGCCACAUGUCCUCCGGUUCCGUGGGCAACGGCAGCGGCGGCGGCAACAACGGCGGAUCGGGCGGCAACUCCGGCCCGGGAAAUCCCAUGGGCGGUACGAGCGCCACGCCCGGGCACGGCGGCGAGGUGAUCGACUUCAAGCACCUGUUCGAGGAGCUGUGCCCCGUGUGCGGCGACAAGGUGAGCGGCUACCACUACGGCCUGCUCACCUGCGAGUCCUGCAAGGGCUUCUUCAAGCGCACCGUGCAGAACAAGAAGGUCUACACCUGCGUGGCGGAGCGGUCGUGCCACAUCGACAAGACGCAGCGCAAGCGGUGUCCCUACUGCCGCUUCCAGAAGUGCCUCGAGGUCGGCAUGAAGCUGGAAGCUGUGCGGGCGGAUCGAAUGCGUGGUGGACGCAACAAAUUCGGACCCAUGUACAAGCGGGAUCGGGCGCGGAAGCUGCAAGUGAUGCGGCAGCGGCAGUUGGCGCUGCAAGCACUCCGCAACUCGAUAGGUCCGGACAUCAAGCCAACGCCGAUCUCGCCGGGCUACCAGCAAGCAUAUCCAAAUAUGAACAUUAAGCAGGAAAUUCAAAUACCUCAGGUAUCCUCACUCACCCAAUCGCCGGAUUCGUCGCCCAGCCCCAUUGCGAUUGCGCUGGGACAGGUGAACGCGAGCACGGGCGGUGUGAUAGCCACGCCCAUGAACGCCGGCAACGGCGGCAGUGGCGGCGGCGGAGGUCUGAACGGGCCCAGCUCCGUGGGCAAUGGCAAUAGCAGCAACGGCAGCAGCAGCAGCGGCAACAACAACGGCAGCACGGGAAACGGAGCGUCCGGCGGCGGCGGCGGAGGAGGUGGCAACAAUGCGGGCGGCGGCGGAGGAGGAGGAGGCGGCGGGGGCGGGGGCACGAACUCCGCCGACGGCCUGCAUCGCAACGGCGGCAACGGCAACAGCAGUUGCCACGAGGCUGGAAUAGGAUCUCUGCAGAACACGGCCGACGCGAAAUUGUGCUUUGAUUCCGGCACACAUCCAUCGAGCACAGCCGACGCGCUAAUAGAGCCAUUAAGAGUCUCACCGAUGAUACGUGAAUUUGUGCAAUCGAUCGACGAUCGGGAAUGGCAGACGCAACUGUUUGCCCUGCUGCAGAAGCAGACCUACAACCAGGUGGAGGUGGAUCUCUUCGAGCUGAUGUGCAAAGUGCUCGACCAGAACCUAUUCUCGCAAGUGGACUGGGCACGGAACACCGUCUUCUUCAAGGAUCUGAAGGUCGACGACCAAAUGAAGCUGCUGCAGCAUUCCUGGUCGGACAUGCUGGUUUUGGAUCACCUGCACCAUCGAAUCCACAACGGGCUGCCCGACGAGACGCAACUGAACAAUGGCCAGGUCUUCAAUCUGAUGAGUCUGGGACUGCUGGGUGUGCCCCAGCUGGGCGACUACUUCAACGAGCUGCAGAACAAGCUGCAAGAUCUUAAGUUCGAUAUGGGCGACUAUGUCUGCAUGAAAUUCCUAAUCCUGUUGAAUCCAACUGUACGGGGAAUUGUCAACCGGAAGACCGUCUCCGAGGGACAUGAUAAUGUGCAAGCCGCCUUGCUGGACUACACCCUCACCUGCUACCCGUCAGUAAAUGAAAAGUUCAGUAAGCUAGUGAACAUCUUACCGGAAAUCCAUGCCAUGGCCGCUCGCGGCGAGGAGCACCUGUACGUCAAGCACUGUGCCGGCAGUGCGCCCACCCAAACGCUGCUCAUGGAGAUGCUGCACGCCAAGCGCAAGGUGUAGAGGCCGGGGCAGCGUGACACGGAAUACUUAAUCAUUUAUGAAAUGUAAAUAACAAGGCGGGGAGUCCCCGAAGGCAACCAGGACAACCAGAAGGGCGGACGGAGGACGGAGGAUACUGAAUUCCGUAUUAUGAAUAUGGGAAUGCAUCAUCACUACUACCACCAACACCACCAACUAUCACACCUAAACACACACAUGCACACAUUUGUUGAUUCAAUGUUAAUUAUUAUUACGUUUACGGUUAGGUCUAGUUUACAUUUAAAUAAUUAAUUAAUUUGUCUUAAAUUAAUUCGUGUUUUAUUUGUAUUCCCGAUGAAGCAAUUUUUAAAACCUUGAACCUUGAAACGAGAAUAUGUAGUUGUAUGGAUAUAAAUUUUAAUACGGCAAGGAACCCCACUUUCUUUAGGCAUUGCAAAAGAAAAAGAAACGCAAAAGAAGCAUGAGAAAUUUUAUUUUUAUAUACCUUUAUGAAUACGAUACUUAUGGAUACAAGUCUAUAUAUAUUUUUAUGUAAAUUGGCGUAAUUUUAAGCGUCCUAAAACUUUUUACCAAGAACUUGGUCUACUAUAGUUUUCAAAUUACUUUCGUUUCCAAUUAUAAAUCGAUUAUUGUAUUUUUUGCGCCAAGUGUCUUGCAUAGUAUUUGCGUCUAAUCUAACGACAACAACAAGCAAAAAAAAAAACCGAAAAUCCAUACAAAGAAAAUAAAAACAAAGCAAAUUUAGGUGUUCAUGGUAUGAAUGUAUGUGUAUAUUAUAAUUGUAAUUUCAUCUAAUUGUAAGAAAACAAUGCAAACAACUACCUACAACAACAUAAAGAAGAGCAAGAAAUUAUAUAAAUUAAUAAAGAUCGUGUUAAAACUA